CUUGAGAUAUCUUCUCUAUCAUUUACUACCUUUCUUCUCCGUCCUGCUCAAAGCAAGUUCCUCUCGUCUGAAGUCUCGUUGCUUUUCCGCGUCUUCAGCCAAUCAGAAACGCCCCAUAUAGACCGCAUCCCCGCAUUGCAAUUGCCGGAUACCUGCAUAGAUACCGAAAAGUCCGAGUUGAUAAAUCUCCACUAUCUCCUCGUCCACCCUUCUAUCUCCUUUUCGUCUCUUCAGUCUCGCCGUCCAGCGCAGCAAUGGCAUCAACCGACCAUCCCAUACCCCGCAAACUAUGGGAGCAUCCGGAUCCCAAGUCCACAGCAAUGUGGCAGUUUAUGCAAAACGCGAACCAAAAACGAGGCUUAAAUAUGCAGACAUUCCGAGAGCUGUACGACUGGAGCGUGGGCGAUAGACGCAUAGAGUUCUGGGAAGAUAUGUGGGACACAGCGGGCUUGAUAUACGAAGGCGAUUAUGAAGAGGUGGUUGACAUCACGGCACCGAUGGAUAGCAUACCGCACUGGUUCCGGGGCACGCAUCUCAACUUCGCCGAGAACGUUUUGUACUCGCCUUCUCCCGACAAUCCGUCUGUGAGGACGACGCAGCAUAAAGAGGACGAUAAGAUUGCGCUGACGGAGAUAAGAGAGGGGAAUACGGAGGUGCGGCAUAUGACGUGGGGCGAAGUCCGGAAAAGAGUUGGGCUGCUCGCGAAUGCGUUCCGAGCGAGGGGCGUGAAGAAGGGGGAUAGAGUGGCGGUUGUGGCGAGCACGAGCUUUGAUACGUUUAUCUGCUUUAUGGCUAUCUUGAGCAUUGGGGGCUUGUUCAGUUCUAGCUCCACCGAUAUGGGCACGAAAGGUAUCCUGGAACGACUGCUGCAGAUCAAACCUGCGUAUCUCUUCGUCGACGAUUGGGCCGUCUACAACGGGAAAACGACCGACCUCCGACCCAAGAUCAGAGAGAUUGUGGAGGGUAUGAAGGGCGUGCCAGAGUUCAAGAGUGUGGUUGUGCAGCCUAGGUUUCCCGGCGAACCCGCAGAUCUGCAUGGCGUGCCGCGGGCGGUGACGCUCGAUGGCUUUUUGAAGGUCGCGCAUGGAGAUGAGAAGAUAACGUUUGAAAGGGUGGCGUUUAGGGACCCCUUUUUGAUUGUGUAUUCGAGUGGCACGACGGGGAUACCGAAGUGUAUUGUGCAUUCAACGGGUGGAGUGCUGAUUAGCGUAAUGAAGGAAGGGAGAUUGCAUAAGGAGUUGGGGCCUAAUGAUACAGUAUUGCAGUACACUACGACUGGAUGGAUAAUGUACCUCGUAAGCGUGCAGUGCCUCCUCUACGGCAGCCGCUCUGUCCUCUACGAUGGCUCCCCCUUCCAGCCCUCUCCUCAGGCCUUCCUCUCUAUCCUCGCAGAGCAGCGCGUCACCGACUUCGGUACCUCACCCCGCUUCCUCCACGAACUCCAGAAACAAGACGUCGUUCCCCGUAGCAUCUUCAACCUCUCCUCCCUGCGCUCCGUCUGCACCACAGGCAUGGUGCUAUCCGAAUCCCUCUUCGAAUGGUUUUACGACACUGCGUUCCCGCCCGCCGUGCAUUUGCGUAAUAUAAGCGGUGGGACUGAUUUAGCGGGCUGCUUUGGCAUUGAGAAUCCGCUCGAGCCGGUGCAUGUGGGGGGUUGUCAGGGCCCCACGCUAGGAACCAAGAUGGAAGUCUACGAUAGCACUAUCGAGGAUGGUCCGGGGAGGGCGGUGCCGCAUGGUGAGCCCGGCGAGCUUGUGGCUACUGCGAGCUUCCCUAACCAGCCCGUCUUCUUCUGGGGCGAUGAGACGGGUGAGCGCUAUCAAAGCGCAUACUAUACGCGCUUUCCACGCGUAUGGACGCAUGGGGACUUUAUUCAGUUCCAUCCGGUGACUGGGCAGGUGCUGUUUCUCGGACGAGCGGACGGCGUGCUGAACCCGAGCGGAGUACGAUUCGGGUCGAGCGAUAUUUACUCGGUGAUUGAGACCCAUUUCCCUGAGGUGGCCGACAGUGUGUGCGUAGGGCAGAGGAGACCACAUGACAGCGAUGAGAAUGUUCUGCUGUUCUUGAAGAUGAGGGAGGAGCAUCGUUUCACCCCCCAUCUAGUGGAAAAGGUAAAGGGCAAGAUUGGGGAGGAGAGGAGUAAGAGACAUGUUCCAAAGUAUGUGUUCCAGACCUGGGAUAUACCGACCACUGUCAACUUGAAGAAAGUCGAGCUGCCCGUGAAGCAGAUCGUGUCGGGGAGGAUCAUCAAGCCGAGCGGUACGCUCGCAAACCCGGAUAGCUUGCAGUUCUAUUACCAGUUUGUGGAGGUGGAGAAGGUAGUUGAGAAUAUGGAGAAGGAGAAGAAGGAGCAGUUCAAGAGUAAGCUAUAGCGUGAUAGUCGGAAGAAUGAGAGUAAGAUGUCGCCCUCUGCUAGUAGGGUGUCACCCAGCAGGAGCUAGGAGCACCCACAUAAGCAAUCCCGCGUCAGGUUCAGGUUAGAAGGAUAAGAGCUUUAGAAUAU